AUGUACUGGCAUACCUCCACGCCCAAGACGCCAUGCGGAACGAAGGAAGAAGCCGCGGAGCUCUGGGACCAGUAUCAGGCCUCGAUGCUCGCCACAUCUGAGGACGAAACAUGGUUCGUCGUAGAGCACGAGUUUCUCGAGAGUCUGCAGCUCCUCGCGACGUAUGGAACGACUGACGACCCCCGCCAGCCCGGACUCUCCGCCACGGAGCUUCCGCUGAAAAUCAAAAACAGGCCGCUGCUCUGCGAAGAGAGCCGAGGGAAACCGCGCGCGACGAAGCUCACCUUCCUCGAUGACGCCGUGGCAUACGCUCAGGGAGAGCGCUUUGACCUUGUGAACGAGGCGUUCUGGAGGCAGCUCAUGCGGCACUUUGAGGCGGAUAUCGAGAUUCCGCGGCGCGUCUACCGCGACGGCCAGCGCCUCAAGGUCGAGGCACAGCCGCUGUCCUUGGGUGUGUAUACAGCCGAAGCGAGCGAAUCUCAGGGCGUUUCCUUCACUCGCACCGGCGCGCUCAUCUUCUCUCGAGGGGACGCCCUCGAGGACGUGCGAAAAAAAGUGCUCGCGUUCGUCGAGGACGAAAGACUGACGGUGCUGCAAGGGUUCGCAGCGCCGGCCGGCGGGCAGCCGUCGCAGCUGCAGCCGCUGCACCCCGGCGCGGCGGGAGGUCUCGCGCAGAACUUGGCGGAGGCCGGCGUCGAGUCUGACACGGUCUUGGUGGCGCUGGCGCCGACGCUGGUGGCGUCGCUCGUGCGCGGCUCGACGGCGGCGGAGAAGCCCGAGAAGCGGAGGCCGCAGGGGCUGCCGUGGGACGGCGCGAGCUCGGGGCGAGUGAGCGCGGGAGAGACCUCGCCGCAGUCGCCGCAGCUGCUGCAGGUCCAAGGCGACGAUGUCGAGGAGGGCAGUCGGCCGCUCAAGAGCGACGGCGGCGCGCCGCAGACGCGCUUCGCGCCGGGGCUCGUUGACCCGCAGCUGCCCGAGGAAGGGGGCAGGGAGCUUGACGCGCGCCGCUCCGAGGGCGCGCUCUGCGGGCUGGAAGACCGCAGCGAGGAGAGCGAUGAGGCGCGCGAACGCAGCAGCAGCAAAGCCUGGCUGCGCGGACGCGCCGGCGAGCGGCUCAGCCACGACGACGGCAGCGGCAGCGAGGCAGGAGACGCGGGAGAGGCAGACGAGGCGCCGCAGAGAGACCUGCGCGAGGUCUUUGCGACGGGGGGCGUGUGCGGUCUGGCGAACCUUGGCAACACCUGCUUCCUCAACUCCGCUGUCCAGUGUCUCUCCAAAGUACUCCCGCUCUCGUACUACUUCCUCAGCGGACAAUUCGUCAAAGACAUCAAUGAAGAAAACGUCAUGGGCACUGGCGGCCGCCUCGCUCGCGCCUACUACGCGACCCUGCGGGACAUGUGGUUCGGCAGAGAGUCUCCGCUCGCGCCUCGAGACCUGAAGUGGGCGGUCGGGAGGGUGCGCGAAGAGUUUCAUGGCUACAAUCAGCAGGACUCCCAGGAGCUCAUCGCAUUUCUCCUCGACGGCCUCCACGAGGACCUGAACCGCAUCAAAAAGAAGCCCUACUACGAGUCCAAGAUCGAGGGCGGGCCGGAGAUGUCCGACGCGGAGGUCGCGGAGGCCUCCUGGCGGCGGCACAAGGAAAUCAACGAUUCGGCGAUCGUGGACUUGUUUCAGGGGCAGUAUCGCUCGCGCCUGCAGUGUCCGGAGUGCGGAAGGGUAUCUGUGACCUUCGACCCGUUCAUGUAUCUCUCGCUUCCCGUCCCCCCAGAGUGGAAACAUCAAGUCCACUUCACGCUCGCGAGUUCGCGGCGGGCCGAAGGCUUCCGUUUCGAGCAGGCUUGCGCGGGCCCCCUCGACUACGGGAAGGCGAAGGAAAUCUUCCUGGAUAUCGUUUCCAAACUGCUCGCCGAGGACGACGCGAAACUGGACUUUGACGAGCGGGACGCGUUUCGGCAGGAGGUCCUCGCAAGCACGCAGCUGAAGGAGACUUCACAGCUGAGCGCGAAUAACGUCCUCAUGUUCGCCAAGGCCGCGGACGACCUCUUGGGGGUCUAUCACUUGGAAGUCAACAUCAAAGUCUUCACGGCGGACGACCUGGUCAAGUAUAGAUUCGACAGGAAACCUUCGCACAUUUUCGCGUGGCUUAUGCCCGCGAAGAUCGUUCAGGAAGUCGAGGCCGGCUGUCGCAGGGAGUUCGGCCGCGAUAGUCUCGCAGGCGCCGCGGAGGCGAGCGACGAAUCUAUGAACGGCGACGCCUGCAGUGCGGCGAGCGCGGAAGGAAAUGGCCCUGCGGCCCUCUCAGACGGCGCGGAGACUGAGGACAGCUGGAAGGGUUUGGCGAGCUACUCCUCGGAUGGCAGUCGAGCGUCCUCUCCCGAAAGAUCUCCGCACAGAGUCAAGAAGCGACGCUCAAACAGCUUCUCGCUCGGUGCCCGCGGGCUGGCGGAAACGGGCACUUUCUUCACCUUCGUCUUACCCGUCGUACGAACGCCAUCUGGAGAUGUGCGGCCUCUCUAUCGGCGCAUGCCCGUGAUGCUUCCCGUCUCGGUCGGGGCGACAUGCGAAGAACUUUACAAGCAAGUGGAAGCUGCGUACCUCGCUUCAUCCGAAGAACCGGAGGAGCGAGUCGAGGACGGCGAGAGUCCGCAGGGGAAAUCUCUGAUAAACCACGCUGUCGGAUUCAUUCGCAGCUUCUCCGGACAACUCGAGCAAGGCUCGCGGCCAAUCAGGCUUCUGGUGCCUGCAGGUUUCGGCGGGCGGGAGGCGCAGAAGAGCGUGAUAAGCCAAGGAGUGAACUUGUUGACGAACGGAAUCGGAGGCAAGGCUGGACAGCCAAAGCCCCUCCCUGAGGACGCGCAGCUGGUGGUGACGAAUCUGCAGCCGAAGGCAGGCGACUUUGUCGCCUUGCUCUACGCCGACAUGGGCUCGCUCGCAGACAGCGAGAAACCCGGCGUCGCGGAGGGCAUCCGGCCCAUGGGCUGCGUCGCAGUGCAGCCGGACACCGACAUUUCGGAUUGUCUGCGCAUGUUCGCGGAGCAAGAGCGACUCGAUGCUGACAACAUGUGGUACUGCAGCUCGUGCAAAGACCACGUACAAGCAUACAAGAAGCUGGACCUGUGGAAAAUGCCAAAAAUUUUGAUUUUGCAUCUGAAGCGUUUUCACAACAUCAGUCGCUUCACGCGCUCGAAAAUCGGCACAAGAGUCACCUUCCCUUACAAAACGGGCGACUACCUUGACAUGACUCCUUACAUCCUUCCUAAAAGUCUAGAACUCACUCGGACAACCGACCAAGGGUUUGCACCCCUUUACGAGUUGGUAGCGGUGAACGUCCACUCCGGAGAGCUCGGUGGAGGCCACUACUUUGCCUACGCGAAACUGCGAGGACGCUGGUACGACUUCAAUGACUCGUGGGUGCAACCUGUUUCUGAAGACGCGUGUCAUUCGUCGGACGCAUACAUGCUUUUCUAUCGGCUCAAACAGGACGAAGACGAGUGGGCGAGUCAAGCUGUACCCCACGAAGGGGCAGGCACGAUGACUUUAUCUGGUGAAGCUCCGGCACUUCGGCCGUCGACUACCGUUGGCGUUAAUAAUCACCUUGUGUGCUGA